AUGUCUCUUCUCAAUAAUUCAAAGUCACCACAGUUCAAUAGAUACAAAUUCAUAGAAUUGUCGGACAAGCUAUUACCUCUUUUACAUGAACUCUCGGACCAUCAAAAACAAAUUGGAAUUGAAACGUUAGAAGAAUGUUGCUGGUCCCGAAAUUUUCAAGAUCUAUCUACUUUCUGGCAACAACAUUAUUGUCAACCAAAACCGUCAUCAAACAUCAUGCCAUUGCUGCAUUAUAAUAUUCGUUAUUUUUACUCAAAUCAAGUUGAUCUUAUUGGCAUGGUGAAUGUUUAUGAGCCAGUAAUUAUUUCUCUCAAUGUACUAGGUACAAUCAUUCCGGAUAAAAAUGUCAAGCAACUUCUCUUCUCACACACUGUAUUUACAAAAGAAGGUACAAAUCCUUAUGGUGGAGUUGUUAUUGUCAUAGACAUGAGAUUAAAAUGUGAAUUGAUGGAUAUUAAGGAACCAAAUAUUAUUGCAGCUCGUGUUAUAAUUGAAGAUCAACAAUUCGUUGUUGCCAACAUUUAUUCACCACCUACAGAUUCACUUCCAUUAGCAUCAAUGUCUACUUUACUUAAACACUCAAAAAAUAUUAUCAUUGUAGAUGAUCUAAAUACCAGGCAUCCUGACUGGGAUUGUUCACAAAAAUCGGUCGAAUUUUCUGCUAUUACCGAGAAAAAUGUAGUACAUAGAUCUUCGGAAGAUAUUGUAACGAAUUUAGCGAAACAUUUCACUGAGCGUCAUGACGAACCAUUACUGGAUAUGACGAAGACACUUGAUAAAGAAGCCCGUGAAUUAUGGCAAUUAUAUAGUACAGGAGAUAAAGAUGAUAUCAAAUUAAUAUCCAAUCGAUCUGAUCUUCGUUUUAGUGAACAAGAUAUUACAGAUACAAUUCGUUCAUUAAAAAGUAAAAACUCAUCCGGAUUCGAUCAAGUGUCGAACAAAAUGAUAAAAGAAAUACCUGAACAGUUCCACGUCAUACUUACACACGCUUAUAAUCAACUAUUCAGUGCAGCCCACUGA